AUGUCCAGUAUACCGAGAGUGUACACCUUGGGGAACUCACCUUUAAAAAAUUGGAUAUCAUACAAAUUAGCUAAGCUACCAAGUCAGACCAAGAUACCAAAUAUAAUAUUGUUACUGAACGAUGAAAAGAAUUUGAAAAGGUUCCUCGAUAAUGACUCGAAACUGAAAUUAAAUGGCAAUGAGCAAAUGCAAUUUAUGGCAGCAUGUGAGCCCCCAACAUAUGUCAAUGGGAGAUUGGCAGUGAUAGAGAACCUACUAGUCUGUGAAACUAAGAAAAAAUCCAUGACUUCAAUGAUACAAAAAUACACUGCUUCAUUGAGCAAAUCCUCAAACGUACUAAUGAUAAAUCCUCCGAUAGGAUGUAUACCUUAUUUAUAUGAGAAGGUGUGGAGUGAUUUGAAAAGACCAAAUUUAUUCAUAGGUUUGAAUCCCAAUUAUAGGAAACGAAUAAAAAAAUGCUAUACUGAUGAAUUUAAUGUGAAUGAAACUUUCGAACCUCAUAAAUUUGAAUUAUUACUUACAUCAGUACCGAGAGAGUUUGCGAGUUACAGAUAUAGUCCACUUCAGCAUACUUUGGACAAUCAAUUGUUAGCGUUGGUUAAAGAAAUAAGUGAUAUUGAUGCUAAGAUCGUUCCUUUCGGUGAGUUUUUAGUGGUAAGAUUCGAAAAACUAAUAGAAGAUAGUUGUAUUGAACCCCUAGCUUUAUUAUAUGAUUGUAAAUUCAAUAAGGAGAUCUUGCAGUUGCAACAGGCUAAGAUAAUGGUUCGAAAUCUUGUGAAUGAACAGACAAAAAUAAUUUUAAAAGCAUUUCCCUUCAUCAAAGAGCUUCCAUUCUACAAAGUCGCUUUUGAUAAUGACAGAUUGUACAACGUGGUUAUAAGUACGCUACAAAAGUCUCCCUUUGAACAAAGUAAAUUGAUUCAGGAUAUGAACAAGCUAAAUUAUACAGAUAUCAAUCAGUUAACAGGGUAUUUUGUCAGAUUGGCGUACUCUAUGAAUAUGGAUUGUAGAUGGAAUGAAACCAUUACAUGGCUAGUGAAAGGCAAAGUAGAACUGAUGAGACGUCGGAAAUUAGAUUUUCGUUAUCUGUAA